GGAAUCGGGAGUCACGAUCGCUGAUGAUGUUUUAUGGGCGACCAUGAUGACGAGUGACAUGGUCGAAGAAGAGUUUGGCGACGUCCUUGGCUUGGCAGGUGGUGGUGCGAGGGAUGAAAUGGGUGCGCUUGGUAAGGCGGCAGACAACGACAUAGAUGCAAUCGUGACCAUGGUCGGUCGUGGGGAGACCACAAACGAAGUCCAUGGAGACAGAUUGCCAGCGGUGGGUGGGUAUGGGGAGAGACUAGAGUUUGUCAGCCUUAGCUUGGUUGGAGGGAUUGACGGUUUGGCAAGUAGGGCAAGGACGGAUGUGGGCUUUGACGUCGGCAAGGAGCGAGGGCCAGUAGAGGUAACGGGAGAUAUUGUCAAUGGUUUUCUGGAAACCGAGGUGUCCGACAGUCUUGGCGUCGUGGUGUUAAGCCAAGAACUGCGUACGGAGACCACGGACGAAAGGGAUGCAAAGGCGGCGAGUUCCUUUGGUGUCGAUGUAGAAGAGAUGGUCGAUGAGAGAAUAGUCAGGGACAAUGUCAAGGUCGCGGAGUUUGGUGUAGGUAGGGCCGAAGUCGGGGCAGGAGGCGUAGCCAUGGAUGAAGCUAUGUUGGAGAUAUUAGGGGAGGCUGACAUGCGUCAUGGCAGCGAAGACUUUCUCAGGGGGUUUGUGAUUGGGUUGGCGAGAGAGGGCAUCGGCAACACGAUUGCUCUUACUAGGAGUAUGGCAGCCGGUGAAGGUAAACUGGGCGAGAAAGUCCAGCCAGCGGGCCUAACGAGGGGUGAUAUCCUUUUUGGUGAGGUUACUGGAGACGACGGUAUUGUCGGUGCGAAUGGUAAAGUAUUGGCCAUCGAGGUAAGGGCGCCUGACUUUAAGGGCAUAGUUGACGGGGAGGAGUUCCUUCUCAUUGGAGGGAUAGUUCAUCUCAACAGCAAUGAGCUUCUUACUCGCGAAUGCGAUAGGGUACUCGUCGGGAGGUGCUUCGGAUCGUGUGGGGGAAUCUUUGAUAGUGGGGGGGUCGUGAGGGAAAUGUUGGGAUAGAACCGCGCCAAGGGCAAAGUCCGAAGCGU